GUAGCCCAGGCGAUCGAGGCUAGUCGUGGCCAGGGAGAUGCAUCGAAGGACACGAAGCCAGGCGACAAGAAGGAGGAAAUCUCGAAAGAAGACUCCGCAGUUUCAGAGAAGGCUUCGAGCCCUGAGAAGCAGGAAGCUCCGAAAGAAGAUGCCAAGGAGGAAGCUAAGGAGAACUCCAAGGAGGAUGAAACGGAGGGCUCCAAAGAGGCUGCCAAGGACAACACGAAGAAGGAGGAUACUAGCCAGGAUGCGAAGGCUGCUGCCGUCAACGGCUCCGCGCCCAAAGCGGGCGGCCGACUUUCAGGCGGCGGCAUUUCGCUGCGACCUGGGGGUGGUAUGGGCUUGAGGCCAGGAGGCGGUGGUAUUAGCUUGACUGGUGGCCUCAAUGGGCAGACACUCCGCCCAGGAGGAGGAGGCGCAGUUUCUUUGACCGGGUCGGUGAAAGAAUCGUCCGGCACAGCUGGGUACCCAAAGGAGGAGGGCAAGCGAUCCUCAGCAAAUUCCGGCGGGAAGGAGUCUGACUGGCGAAGGGACGCGGCAGAGCACCAAGAUGCAAAGCAGAAGAAGGCCUCCGAAAAGUCAGGUGGCAAGAAAGGUUCCAACGGAAAGUCCGGCGGGCGAG